AUGGCCGUCGCGGGCCCCUGCGCCCACUCGUUCAAAAUGAUCAAGUCGGACAGCACUUUGAUCCAAUGGACCUGCAACCUAUGCCAUUCUGGACCCCACUGGAGUAUCUUUGAGUGCCGGUAUUCACCCCAGACGACCGACUGCGGGAAAGAUGGUGCUCACCGUGAGGGGACGCAAGAUGGAGGCAUGCCGGCAACGUGGGGGUUUGGCAUUGGAUGCACUCGAGGUAUGUUCACAAAGACACACUGCUGCUCACCUCGAGCAAGUCACCUCGUUCGAAAUCCAGCUACAUGUUAG